CUAAUAACUUCAUUUUCAUCUUCGGUCGCAUUUGGAAGAGCACGGUGUAAAACAGUUAUCACAAACCAGCAAGAAAUCCCUGGCCCGACUUCUAAACCAACUUUGCCUAAUGCCUAUAAUAAUGUUUUGUUCAUUUUGUUUUCAGUUUUUCCAGAUUUGCUCAAAGUUAUCCCUGCAAGUAUCCAUGUCAGCGUCAUUCUCUUCUGUGCAGUACUGAUCAUCUUUGCUCUGGUGGGAGCAGGCUUCUUCAUGUUCAAUGCUUUCGGCAGCCCUUACGAGACUCUGCACGGCCCCGUUGGGUUGUACCUCUGGAGCUUCAUCGCGUGUUCCUGCGGUUGCCUCAUCAUGAUUCUCUUCUCUUCAGAAGUGAAAAUCCACCACCUCUCCGAGAAAAUUGCUAAUUUCAAAGAGGGAAGUUUUACAUUCAAGACUCACAGUGAACAGUUUACAAAUUCAUUCUGGAUUGUCCUGGUUUGCUCCCUGGUGCACUUCCUAAAUGCCUUGUUGAUACGAUUUGCUGGAUUUGAAUUUCCCUUUUCAAAAUCAAAAGAUUCAGGGACAACCACUGGAGCAGUUGACCUGAUGUAUUAG